UACAAUACAAGCUGCAAGAUGAAAACGUGGUUCUGCGUUUUGCUAGUGGUUGUUGGUGCAACUGCGCAGGCGCAUGCUAACUCACACACACAACACAGCCAAGGACAACCAGGAGCAGCAGAGCCUGAACAGCCAGUGGUAGUGUCCCCCUCUGGAGAAUUUCGUGGAGGAUACAAUGUGACGCGGCGCGGGCGCAGGUUCGAGACCUACCGCGGCAUUCGUUACGCCGAGCCACCUGUGGGCAACUUGAGGUUCCAGCCACCCAAACCAAUUCUUAACUACAGAAGCCCAGUGGACGCGAGUGAAGAUGGUCCGGCGUGCCCUCAACCUACCGAUUGGGGUUACUCUAUUGACGAGGACUGUCUUACUAUCAACGUCUAUACGCCGCUUAAAAAAAACAGGUCCAAACCGUUACCAGUAAUCUUCUACAUCCACGCUGGUGGUUAUUACGCUGUGACUGGGCGCAGUGACCUGGCCGGCCCGCACUACCUGCUUGAUAGAGAUAUCGUGCUGGUUACCAUCAACUACAGGCUAGGCUCGCUUGGGUUUCUCAGUACAGGCGACGAACUCGCUCCUGGCAACAACGGCUUAAAGGAUCAGGUGGCAGCACUAAAAUGGGUGCAACGUAACAUUGCUUCUUUCGGUGGUGACCCCAAUACCGUGACGAUCGCAGGCUGCAGCGUGGGCUCUAUGAGUGUGAUGCUGCAUAUGAUCUCGCCCAUGUCUAAAGGUCUAUUUCAUCGCGGCAUUUCAAUGAGUGGGUCGCCGAUAUUUGCAUUUCCUUCGCCGCACAACCUGUACCACUUAGCAGAGAAGCAAGCACGUUUGGUGGACUGCCCCACCGGCAACUCUAAAGAAAUCGUCGAUUGCCUAAAGACGAAACCUUGGCGAGAGAUCGGAGACUCUUUAGAUGGAUUCAGUGAGUUCGCCUACGAUCCCAUUAUGAUCUGGUGGCCUGUAGUGGAGAAAGAUUAUGGUCAAGAAAGGUUUUUGACAAUGGAACCACUUGAUGCCAUCCGCGAAGGAAAGAUGCAUGCUGUACCGCACAUCAUUAGCCAAACGACGGACGAGUUCUUCUGGAAAGCCUUCACCAUAUUGGAGAACCAGACCUUUACAGACCAAAUGAAUGCAGAAUGGGACAGAAUAGCGCCUAUAACGUUCAUAAUGCCGCGAGAGAAUGCAACACACGCUACCCAGAAGCUGUUUGCUGAAUACCUUCAUAAUCGACCUUUACAGAAUGACUCUGAGAGCGCCAGGAACCUUGGCUUGCUGUACACGGAUGGGGUUGAAAGUUUCCCAGUUCACAGGAUGGCCAACCUAAUGUGUCGCCACUCUCCUCACCCUGUCUGGUACUAUGAGUUUAGUUACAUUGGUGCCAACAGCCACUACCGAGACCCUGAAACAAAGAAACCAGUUGGUGCAGCUCACCACGAUGACCUGAUUUACCUAUUUGAGUUGAGUAUCUUCCCCAACAUAGCUACGGAGGGACGCGAUGCCAUCCUUGUGGAUAGGAUGACCGCAAUUUGGUACAACUUUGCUAGAUAUGGUGACCCAAAUCCUCAUGGCGAUCUCCCCGAGCUUGAGGGUCUACAGUGGCCAGCUAUGAAGCUCGAGGACCGCAAGUAUCUGCGUAUAGCAGAUAACCUCACCGUGCACACUAACCUGAAGGAGGACAGAAUUAAAAUAUGGGAAGAAUUAUAUCCAAUUCAAUACAUGCGAAUUUCAGGGGAGCGCGAGGGCUGCGCCGCAUCACGGAUGUGGCGCAGCGCUUGUGGCAUGCUGGUUUGUCCGGGCGCCGACGAAGCAUGGAAGCAGAUCGUUGAAGCCUCAGCGUCGGAUUCCAUAUGGCAUUCGUUAAGGAAUUGUAUUGCAUAUCAGGCAGGUGUAUGGCAAAAUCUCCUUAUAAAGGGCAUCCCAGAUGUGAUGCAUUCUGCCGCUUUCAAGCUUGCAAUAGUGCUACGGCAUACCCCCUCCGAACUCACUGUUGGCCUGCUGGCUGAUAUGUUGCAUUUACAUCCACAAUCUCAAGAUUUGACCGCUUACGUUCUGGCCUUACUAACAGACGAUGAAGCAUGGUGUGGCAGUUGUGGGGCUAGUGCUGGUAUACCAGGUGUAGCGGGAGGGAUGGGCGGCGGCGCGCCCCUGCGGGACCUGCAGCUGUUCGGCGACUGCGAGUUGGCCGUGCUGGCGUCUUCGCGGGAGGAGUACGAUGCCCACGCCAAGCUGGUCCGCGCCGAAUACGCCAACCUCUCGCAUAAUAACUAUGUAGAACUGCGGAUAAAGGUUCUAAACCAAUUCUCGCAAAUUCCCAAGCUGUACCAUACUCCUGAGUUCGAGUGCUUCGAAGCUGCCGCGAGAGAAAAUAUUGAGCGCGAGAUUUGCACUCUGCGCGAACACCUGCUCACAGGACAGCACGAAUAACAUAGGUCACUAACUUAUAAGUUUCAUUAGAUUUCAAUUUAUAUAAUGUAGAUAACGGAUACAUCCCAUGGUUAAUUCGAUGAUUUUGGUUAGUCGAUAUCGUAUGACAUGCAAAGUUAAUUUCAGUCAGUCAGACAUGCCGGACAGCUCGUAAAGUUCCAGAAAAAAGAACAAGAGGGUAGUUCGCUACUUCCCAUGACAGCUCGAACCUCAUUUCUCACUGCACUGCAGUCGCAUCGUGAGCACGACCCAUACAACGGUCGAAAUAUCGACCAACCAAAAUCAUCCAAUUAAUCGUGGGAUGUACCCGUUAUCUUCAUUAUAAUAUACGAAAUAAGAUUAAACUCAUUAGAUUUCAAUUA